AGAAUGUCGCCACACUCCGGAACGUAAACAGUGUGAAAAGUUAUUUUUCGUUGGCUUUUCGGCCGAGUAAUAUCUGACAGAUUGAAAAAGACUUGCUAUGUACUUCCCCCAAAAAUAUAAAGGAACCGAGAAGUGACUAUUAGUACGCAUAUUUAGUAUUUCCGUGUUGGGAGAUUGACAAACAUGGCGGCCGAACCAGGCACCUCCUACUACUAUCAGGGAGGUGCCAUUGGUAUAGGACAGAGGUAUGGCUUUGAACCCAAUCUUCCAGAGGCAGAGAUUCAACUAAGGUUGGAAGACCUUCGUGAACAGCUGAAGAAGGAAAUUCGUAAAGAAAUGAAAAUAAAAGAAGGGGCAGAAAAACUACGAGAGGCAACAAGUGACAAGAAAAGCCUGUCAGAUGUCCAAAUAAUUGUCAAGAAGUCCAACAAUAAAAUGAAGGAGCUUCAGCAGGAGCUUCAAGAGUUGGAUUUGUACUUACUUAUCUGCAACCCUGGCAGCAUUCGGCAUCGAGACAACACAAUGGGUCAAUCUCCAGAGAGAGAUGGACAAAAUCAAAUGGAAAGCAACCCUGCCAACUCACGGAUAUCCUCCUUACAGAAACAAUUUGAUAUUGAAAAUAAAGUAAAACAGGGAGCUGAGAAUAUGAUUGGAAUGUAUAGUGCCGGAACAUUUAAGGACAAAAAGAUGUUGGCGGAAGCUCAGCAAAUGUUGAGUGAUGCAAAAACGAAAAUGGAGAUCAUUCGCAUGCAGAUGUUGAAGGUCACGCAAGAUGCUACAACAUCAGAUGUUGAUGUUACUCAGCAAUGUGAGGUAUUAUCUCCACUUGAAUUACGGAUAGAGGAGUUACGACACCACAUGAAAAUAGAGUCAGCUGUAUUGGAAGGUGCUAAGAAUGCUCUUCGGCUACUACAAAUGUCUAAGUCUCCAGAUAGCAAAGCUGUCAAAGAGGCACAAUCUAGUUUUACGGAAUCCAACCAGAAAUAUGAACUUUUACGAAUCUCAUUAGAAAAACGAAUUGUUGAGCUUGACCCAACGUCAUCCAAACUACAAUUGCUAAAGGAGGAGUUAAAUGUAGCUACACCAACAAUUUAUCCCCCUAAGGACAAAAAGAAUCAAAAUUCUUCCCCUUUCUCAAAAUCUGCUGCAAUAACAGGAAAGUUAGAGGUCAGGUUGGUUGGCUGUCAGGGGCUGCUGGAGGAUAUUCCUGGUCGUAAAAAGGAGAAGGAUAACCUACAAUUACUUCUGUCAAGUCCAGGAGAAAGCAAGAGUCUACUACGCAGAUCAACAAAAACAUACAAUGUUAAGGAAGAUUUAUCCAAUGAGGUGAUGGCAGUGCUCAAACUAGAUAAUGUACAGGUGGGCCAGACAGCAUGGAAGUCAUGUAGUCAGCAGUGCUGGGACCACCGCACAAGUAUAGACUUGGAUAGGUCUAGAGAAUUAGAAAUUGUGAUUUAUUGGAAGGACUGGCGACAGAUGUGUGCUGUUAAAUUUCUGCGUUUAGAGGAUUUUCUAGACAACCAGCGACAUGGCAUGGCUAUACAUAUGGAGCCUCAGGGAAUACAGUUUGCAGAGAUCACAUUUCUGAACCCAUCUCUAUCAAGGAAACCUAAGCUACAAAGACAGCGAAAAAUCUUUCCUAAACACAAAGGGAAGAAUUUCCCCCGACCUGGUCAGAUGAACAUCAAUGUAGCCACAUGGGGACGAUUGAUGAAGAGAGCUUUACCCAUUCCAACCCAGUGUUCAGAUAAUUCUAAUGUCCUCAGUCCUCAGGCACCCAUUGCCUCUCCAGGCAUAGUUUCUGCAGACCGAGGACCGCCUAUACAUCAGAUCAACUUCGAACCUCUCACCCCUGAGGAAAGACCUGUGCGGAUACCAGAGAAAUCUCCCUCUCCAGUGUCCCCAACCAGGGACAUUCCUACCCCACAGUAUGCAACACCCCCACAGCAGCAACAGAAAGACAUCCAGGAGGCAUUAUCGUCUUUUAAUUUUCUUCCUGAGGAUAACCCAGCCAAUGUGAUAAACCUGGAUGGUGAUACAAUGGAGUCAAACCAGCCCCAGCGAAUACCCUCCUAUCAUAGCUCACAACCACCCCCUCCCCUCCCAACUACUCCGCCACCCCCAGUAUUGCAGGAAACACCUAAGAAAUCUUCCAUUAAAAAAGUACCUGUACGAGAACCUGACUUCUCCAAUCAGUAUUGUAGAUUUGAUGACUUCAGACCCAUUAGUGUCCUAGGCAGAGGUCAUUUUGGAAAGGUGAUAUUAGCUGAAUAUAAACAGUCAAAUGAGUAUUUUGCUCUGAAAGCUUUAAAGAAAGGUGAAAUCAUGGCACGUGAUGAAGUAGAAAGCUUGAUGUCGGAGAAACGUAUUUUUGAAGUUAUUAAUUCCAUGAGGCAUCCGUUCCUGGUUAAUUUAUUUGCGUGCUUUCAAACUGAGGAACAUGUGAUAUUUGUGAUGGAGUAUGCAUGUGGUGGGGAUCUCAUGAUGCAUAUCCACAGUGAUGUUUUCUCCGAGCCCCGUACUGUUUUUUAUGCUGGUUGUGUAGUCCUUGGUCUGCAAUACUUACAUGAGCAUAAUAUAGUUUACAGGGACUUAAAGCUGGACAACUUACUGCUGGAUCAGGAAGGAUACCUGAAGAUUGCCGACUUUGGCUUGUGUAAGGAGGGCAUGGCAUACGGUGACAGGACCAGUACUUUCUGUGGUACGCCAGAGUUUCUUGCCCCUGAGGUACUCACAGAGACAUCAUACACUCGCUCUGUUGACUGGUGGGGACUUGGUGUUCUUAUAUUUGAAAUGCUCGUUGGGGAGUCACCAUUCCCGGGGGAUGAUGAAGAAGAGGUUUUUGACAGUAUUGUGAACGAGGAAGUCCGUUACCCUAGGUUCUUGUCGACAGAAGCUAUUGCAAUAAUGAGAAGGUUACUGAGGAGAAACCCAGACCGGAGGUUAGGGUCUAGUGAACGGGAUGCAGAAGAUGUCAAAAAACAAGCCUUCUUCAGGAACCUGGUAUGGGAUGACCUACUAAUGAAGAAAGUGCGGCCUCCUUUCUGCCCUACUGUGUCUCGCAACUCAAGGCCUGUAAGCCUGGACCUAAAACACAAAGUAAAACCUGACAGCGUUAAACAUGCGGAGGACGUAAGUAAUUUUGAUGACGAAUUCACCCAGGAGAAAGCAAUCCUGACGCCAGCCAAGGAAAGGCGCCCACUAAAGAAUGAGGAUCAGUUACUGUUCGUAGACUUUAACUAUAUUGCAGACUGGUGCUGACACCUACUUACCAUGGCUCAGCUAUUGAUAGUGACACUGCUUAGCCUAUGGUUUAGUCUCAGUAUUCAGACUAACCAUGCAUUCAGUCUGCUGGUUGUAAUAGUACUCAUCACAGCGCUUCAAAACACACAUUGCAGUGUAUGCUGCUAUAAAUGACAGCCAAGUGACUUUACAGCAGCUACAAAUACACAGUGCUGUGAUGUAGGCUUUAUGUCAGCUGUCUAUAGCCUAGGUUGGUACGCCUCAGUAAAGCAGGGUGAACUACGGGACAGAUGUGCUGCUGUUCAUGCCUUCCUGCUAUGUGUUCUGACACUACAAAGGCGAGCCAGCCCAAAUAGUGCUUAAGUUAGUGUAGUGAAGGCACAACAGGAUUAUAAAACCUCAGUGAAUCUACGUAGUGUCAAAAUAGGAACACAUACCUUACCAAUAAAGUACGACAGGAUCAACACUCCUACAACUUAUUAUAGUACUGAGGAUGGAUUUCAGAACAUUAGAAUGUCAGAUCUUCACUGUAGUUCAGUCCACAUGGGCAUGAUAUUGCUAACAUUUCCAGAGGUGAUUGAAGAUGACCUUCUCUGUGGAACACAUGCAAUUUCUGAGCAACUUGUGUCUACUUGAUUUUGACCUGUUUUGUAGAAUUAGAAAUAUGAUCAACUCCUUUAGUGAUGCGAUUCAUUCAGACCAAAUAUUGCAGCUCAACGUGUGGUUUACAAAAAGUGGUGAUGUUGCUAGGAAAAAACAUUAUGGGAAGUGAUUGUCAAUCAUUAUAAGCACUAAUGCAAAGUUUUAUUAAAAUUACUAGCCCGUUUGAUCUCGCUAGCUUUGUUAAAAUGUUACUUGGCUUCACAUCAUACAUGGGGAUGUUUGAAUUCCAUUUCGCAAGUUAUUGGGUUGUUUAUUUUCCAAUGCAAACUUCACACGUGGCUAAUACUUAACUUUUACUAAUGAAAAAGGGAGGGACAACCGUUCACACUUUUAUCACAUGAAAACAGAUUCUGAGAUAUUUUCAGCUCUAUGCCACUUAACAGUAAAAGUAAAAGGACUUCGGGUGGAGGUCAAAAUGUUCGACCAUGGGUCAUUUUCUGAUCAAGUUGAUGAUUGCUGUACUAUGUAUCAUGCUGCUUAUUACCUGGAUAUCUGACAGGUAAAUUCCUGGAAAUCUUCUCCUGUAAAUUGUGUUGUGUGAGCAUGGAGAUGGCCACACUGUCAUCGGUUGUGUGUGAAGAUAAUGAGAGGAUGUUUAUAUGUAGCAUUGACAUGGCCAUUAUUGAGGUGGAAGAUUUACAAAUUGUUUAAAUGAUUGCAAGAAAUCUGCAUUAUACAUGUAAAUGUCAAAAUAAUAUUGAAAGCUUUCAAGUAUGUAAUGAAUUGAGAUAUAUUUUUAUUGCGAAAUUUUGUUGUGAACUUUUGACCUCAACAGCAAUGUGGUUGAAAUACUAUGUCAGAAUACUUCAAUAGAGAGGGCAUCUUUGGACAUGGGUAUGUCCAUUGUUCCAGCCUGUCCACUCCAAAUGUAGCUUGUUUUCUUGUCAAGAAUAUAAUAGUUGAUAGAAAUGCAAGCAUUACGUGAUUUUAGACAGACUUGAUGCAAUGAUUUUGUCAUUGUUUAGGAAUCGACUAUUAUGAACUUAUGUUGUGCUAUCUAGAAGGUGAGCGAGUGAAGGUGUCAGCCAUAGUUCUAUGAUCUUAUAUAGUCUAGCUUUUGGGAGUGUAAAGAUUAACCUUCACUCUAAACAAUAUCAAAUCAACCAGUGUGUUGUCACAAGGAAGAAUAUCACUAAGUCACAACUCCAAACUGUUCCUGUCUUUAGUUUGAAUAUGUUAUUGAAUUAACAAAAAGUGCAAUUGUACAAUUGAGUUUGUUUGAUAGUAGAAUCUCAAGGCUCACUGUAAGUCACAUCAAAUGAAAUGUGAACCAGUACUGGGUUGUUGUGAUCAUGCUGUUUUUAGAAAACAAUUUGUGCCCAAUUUAUCAGUGUGAUUGUAAGGAGGUUUACUUACGAAUGUAAGUAUUUGUUUUAGCAAUAGAGCAGGUGAAACCUGGGAUGAUUGACAUUCCAAUUAACAAUCUGUAUGACAUACUGGAGACAAGGGUAUGAAGGGCAUUGUAAAGUUGACAGGGAAACUGGUAUAGGAAUUAUAUACUUAAGCAUAAUUAUUAACUUUUUGAUUAAAUAGCAUGUCAAUUUGAUUGUUAAGCUGUUUUCAACAGAGUUUUACAUAUAAUUGAUUGUAGCUUAAGUACACAGAAUUGAUGAUAUGAUGGUGAAUACAACCCAAGAGGACUGACAAUCCGUGGUUUUUUCUUCCUUGAUCAUUUUCAGGGCCUGAUUAUGGAAGGAGAAUUUGUGGGUAGAUUUAGGAAUAUGCAUUGUAAACUUGGUCCUGUCAUACUGAGAAUGUGACACCAUGAAACAAAAAAUUUAUAACUAUGCAUCUCAUAUCAUGUUAGCUGUCAGUUAUUAUUUUGAAUGUAGUGCCAUGUUAAAUGAUUUUGAAUAUAGCAUGCAUAAUGUUCUUAAAGUGCUAUUAAUUUAUUUUUUGUACAAAUUUAAAAGCUGGUCCAUCCAAAAUACAAUGCAUACCAGACUGCUUUGUGUGUUAAAAGUCAAGUUCUGUAUGCUUAGCAAGAGGAUAUGAUAACCAACUCAUAUCAUCAAAUAGUAUUUCCAAUUCAUCUUAAGUUGUAUUUUUGUUUAUUUUUAUAGGAUUAUUUGAAGUAAAUGCAAUGAAAACAUGCAUGCUAUUAGAUUUUCAUGACUCAUUUUGUCUUUGACAAGAGAAAAUUAAACAUAAGUUUGUAUAAUUUAUUAGUGUUCAUAUGCAUCUUUAAUUCAUUAUUUUGUGUGUAUGUCCAUCUGUGAGAAAUUCAACAGAUGUUUGCCUGAAGUGAAUCUAAUAAGUUAAAACAUAUCUCUAGCUGGUGGCCUUGUUGUAUACAAUUAAUUUUAUAACUGUUGAAUUUUGUUGUACAUGCAUUUUGCUUUAACUUUUGCUUAAUAAUUGAUGCUUUGGAAACUAACUGAAGAUUGAAUUUCUUGCCAUUUUCCUGUCUCAGUGUUUUUUCCUUGCCCGAAUCCAUUUCCUCGAUGUAGACCUGAAGUAAGUUAUUUCUGAGAAACUGAACAGUUCCUCAGAUGAGCAAUAAUACAGGUAAACUGUAAAGUAGUUAGGAGAAGGUUGUUCUGAUUUAAGGUUCCAUGAGCAUGUUGUUUGGUAAUGUGGUGAAUGUGUUCUUACUCCGAGAUUAAAUGUGUGAAAGUGAUGUGCUUUGUCACUGGACUACAGGCUGUAUGAACCAUUAAACUUUGUGGACAUUUCUAGGCAUGUCUGUUUCUAACUGUUCCUUGCCAACACUUCUGGAGGCAUACAUGUAUGUGAAUAUGUGGGGUGUGUAUACUUCAUGAGGAAGUCAUUCAUUCUGUCAAUGAAAUUAUUCCUAUAUUAUUCCUAGUAAACCUGCCUAGCAAUGAUAGGGUGGUGCUCAAAUCUAGUGGUUUCUAAUUUAAGUGUACAUGAUGUCUCCUUUAUAAUGUGCCUGUAAUAAACUUAAGACAUAAACACAUCAAGGGGAGAUCAUCUCUGCACAAAAAAUAUACAAAAUCAAAAUUGUAAUAAUUCAGUACUGAGUACUAAGGGUGAGAUGAAGCCUCUUUGCUCCCUGUGACUUCUGCAGUAAUAUAGAAUACUUUGUGUUUUAAUGAGCUGUAGUGCUUUUCUAGUGUGUAACCACUGUUGCCAUUCCAACCUCAAUUUCUGGUCCUGUUUCCACUCACUGAUAUUAACUGGUUUAUUAUUUAUUUCUGUACAUUGUAACAUAGUAACUUCCCUUUCAAAUCUCUUCUUACCAUGUUGUAGAAAGAUGAACAAAUAAUAUACUCGCAUUUCAUUCACAGUAAUAAAAUGACCUAAAUUAAA